GAGGAUGACUUCCUGUAAAGCUGCAGGAUUCCCAAUAAUACUGAGCCCCACAUGGAGAAGAAGAUAUGUUGUGUAAGGAGUUCCAGAACAUGGUUUCAGGGGUUUGUGUCAGGGGAAGAGUGCUGUGUUUACACCUUCAGUGUUGUCAUGAGCCCAUGUGACAAAGUGGGGAGGGCACAGUGGUCCACAGAGAAAAGGAGUGAGACACAAGAAUGUGAGGAGAGAAUGAAAGAAGUUUGUGAGUGAAAACAGUGAAGCUGCAGAAGUUGGUCUCAAAUCAAGGUGAAAGCUGCCGCACAGUGAACACUGUGCUGAGAUGAGUGCCAUGAUGAACAUGACUUCGGUCUUUAAUGGAUCAGCCAAUUUCUCUUACGAGGCAAAUGUCACUGGCAAUGUCAGAUUUGCUUUCCUGUACAAACCCGGCUUGUUUAACAGCAUCAUCAAUAUCUUAACCGUGGCCGUCCUCUUCAUCACCAUGGUAUCCCUCGGCUGUACGAUGGAGAUUUCCAAAAUAAAAGCCCAUUGCCUCAAGCCAAAAGGAGUAGUCAUUGCAAUGCUGGCACAGUUUGGCAUCAUGCCCCUAACUGCCUUCUGUUUAGCCAAAAUGCUGCAGUUGGAUUCUUCCAAGGCUGUGACUGUACUCAUCUGUGGCUGCUGCCCGGGGGGGUCCUUAUCAAACAUUUUUACCCUGGCUGUAGAGGGAGACAUGAACCUCAGCAUCACGAUGACGACUUUCUCCAGUAUUGCUGCCCUGGGUAUGAUGCCCCUGCUGCUCUUUAUCUAUAGUAAAGGCUUCCCCAGCCUGAAAUCUACUGUACCCUACAUCGGCAUCAUCACUGCUCUGGUGUUGACACUGGUGCCCUGUUCCAUUGGCAUCGCCAUUAAUCACUACAAACCAAAGUACACACCCAUCGUCAAAAAAGGUGGCUUGACCUUGCUGGUGAUCUGUGGCAUCAUAAUAAUCCCAAUGUCUGCUUUUACCGUCAAAGACAUUCUGUGGAUGAUCGUCACACCUGAUAUUAUGACUGUGGCUGUGGUGAUGCCCAUGACUGGCUUUAUAAUGGGAUAUGGCAUGUCUGUCAUAUGUAGACAAAGUCCUCAAUUAUGCAGGACCAUCGCCAUGGAAACAGGAUGUCAAAACAUCCAGCUGUGCCUUGCCAUCCUAAGGGUGACAUUUUCCCCGCAGACCAUUGGAGCCUUGUUUCUCUUCCCUCUGAUAUACUAUAUACUGCAGGUCACCGAGGGCAUUCUGCUGAUGCUGUGCUUCAGAUGUUACCGAAGAUUCAAGCCACCAGCGAAGGAAACCCUCACAUAUGAAGACUCAAAGAAUGAGUGUCAUUUGCCGUUGAGAAGUCCCCAUCUGAGCCCUAACGCACCUAAUGAUAUCACAAUGGGACAGCAUUAAGCAUUCACACACUUACCGGAACACCUCUCAAAAUCUCUUGAGUAUGAGCUUUAACACAGGGGAGACAAUCAACCAAGAGAGCAUCACAGAAGACGAACCAGUGCUGAAGAUGAGACCAAGAAGAGCUGCCUACCUUUGAAGAUGCAGCACCUCACUGUCUUUAUGUCUUUAUGUAUAAAUAUCAACGUCACACCCUGAUCACUCAGGCCUGGGGUACUGCAGGAAAGAUUAAUAGAGUAUGAUUAAUAGAGCAUGUGCAAACAGUAGUUCUAAUUGACUUUAUUAAUCCUAGACAAUGUAAAGUAGGGUAUAAUGAAGUAAUAAGUUAAUGAUUUAAAGUAAUAACGAUGUGUAUAUUUUUUCUACUGAGUAUAUGUGAUAUAA